GGCUGUAGUGAACAACAAUCGCUAGAAAUAACAUAACUGUUAGUCUAUUAUGUAAUCGUAUUAAUGACACAAACAAAUCACUCUAUCAUUCAAUAUAUGAUUUGUUUGCAAUUCAUUUGAUUGCAUGUUGUGUUCAAUUGUGCGACAAUUGGUUCAUAUUUAAUACAAUUGUUUGAAUCGUCAAUGAAUUGACUGAAAAUGGAUGACAACAACCAGUUCUCAGACAUCUGUCGUGUUUGUCGAUCGGAAGCCCUUCCAGACAAACCACUGUUUCAUCCAUGCAUUUGUACGGGAAGUAUCAAAUAUAUCCAUCAGGACUGUUUGGUCCAAUGGCUGAGAUAUAGUGAAAAGGAGUUCUGCGAGUUAUGUAACCAUCGAUUCUCUUUCAUUCCCAUUUACUCUCCAGAUAUGCCCAAAAGACUUCCCAUCCGUGAUAUAAUCAGUGGUCUGUUUGGGUCUUUAGGAACAGCCGUUCGCUAUUGGAUUCACUACACUCUGGUGGCGGUCGCGUGGCUCGGAAUCGUGCCAUUGACUGCUUACCGAAUAUAUCGCUCACUGUUUAGUAAUUCAAUGAAUUCAGUCCUCACUUUGCCGUUAGAUAUGUUCAGUACUGAGAAUAUAAUAUCCGACGGUUUCUACGGCUGUUGUGUCGUCACCUGUACUUUGAGUGCCUUUUUUAGUCUUAUUUGGCUCAGAGAACAGAUCCUAAGAGGCGGUGGACCCGAUUGGCUCGAACAGCACCUCAAUCUGCAUCACCCGAUGCCUCCCAUUCAGGACAGGGAUCCACAAAAUGAGGACAGGAAUGAGCAAAACAAUGAAGUGGUAAACGAUAACAAUAAUGACGAAGGAAUUGGAGACGAAGACGACGAGGAAGAAAAUGGUGACGCUUUGGAUGGAAUGGGCGACGAAGGGGCGGCCAAUCAGAAUGUGGGCGACAUUAUUGAGAACAAUCAAAACGAGCUCCAAGUGAUCGACAAUCAAAACGCUGCCAACGCUGUGGCCAAUGCGCCCAUCGAUGCCGCCGCCGCCCAAGACUGGAACCCAGCCGUUGAGUGGGACCGAGCGGCCGAGGAGUUGACGUGGGAAAGGAUCUUAGGACUGGACGGUUCGCUGGUGUUUCUGGAGCACGUAUUUUGGGUCAUAUCACUGAAUACCCUGUUCAUCGUGAUCUUCGCGUUCUGUCCCUUCCACAUCGGCCACUUCUUUAUCUCCAAAUUCAACUUCGAAUCCAUGAUAUCGUCCACACAUUUCGAUGGCUUCGUCACCACUUUGUUCGGCUAUUUGGCGGUCGGAAUAAUUCUAGUCUUUCUUCACGCGUUUGCAGCAAUCACUCGAUUCAGGAGAACGGAGCGGCUGUUGGGCUUGUGUUAUGUGGUGGUGAAGGUGUCCCUCUUAUCAGUGCUGGAAAUCGGAGUCUUCCCUCUGGUGUGCGGCUGGUGGCUAGACAUCUGUUCCCUACCAAUGCUCGACUCCACCAUUCAGGACAGGAUCAAUAGCUUUCGGUUAGCACCGGGCACUUCAAUGUUCAUCCAUUGGUUGGUGGGAAUGGUUUAUGUCUUUUAUUUCGCGUCAUUUAUUCUACUGCUUCGGGAAGUGUUAAGACCCGGUGUGCUAUGGUUUCUACAAAACCUCAACGAUCCUGACUUCAACCCAAUCCAAGAGAUGAUUCAUUUGCCAAUCAUUGGACACAUUCGACGAUUUUUAGCCUCUUUGGUCAUAUUUGGCACAACGGUUUUGCUGAUGAUAUGGUUCCCCGUUUGUCUCGUUCAGAAGAUUAUUCCCGAAUUCCUUCCCUAUAAUGUGGUUCUUUCGAAUGAGUCUCCUGUGAGUGAGCUUUCGUUGGAGUUUUUAUUACUGCAAUUGGUAUUACCGGCGCUCUUAGAUCACGGCCACCUCCGACAGUGGCUCAAAAUGUUAGUCCGCGGCUGGUGUCUAGUCGUCUCAUACCUGCUGGACAUUAGAUCCUAUCUUUUGGGAGACAUUCAACCCAAUGAUGAGCCAAACGAUGACAAUAAUCAGGAAAAUCUUUUACUCAACGGACAGAUUCGCAAUGAAUUCGUGAGAAAUGGUUUCAUUCGUCCGAAACUAUUUUCUAUGCGAAUAUUUUUAUUACUGGUAUUUACGGCAAUAUCGCUACUUUUGGGCGGUUUCUUUGUGCUAACUGUCCCCGUGAUUGUGGGCCGACGUCUUAUUGGUCUUUGGAUGGGAAGCGUUAAAGUGCAUGAACUCAAUACCGCUGCCUGUGGUCUAUAUGUUGGGCUCGUAAUGACAAGAGUGACGACACUCUUGUGUUCGUGGAUUCCUCGCGGAUGGGCCGCCAUCAUGAAGAAGAUCAAUGAAUGGCUUGCAAUCACUUGCAAAGCCCUACUUUCCGCUGUAGUCCUCUUGGGUUUGAUUCCACUUCUCAUUGGAUUACUCUUCGAUGUGGUUAUCAUUAUUCCACUUCGAGUUCCUCUCAAUCAGACGCCUAUAUUCUACUUAUGGCAGGACUGGGCGUUCGGUGUUCUCCACACCAAAGUCAUCUGCGGCAUCGCAAUGAUGGGUGAGUGGAGACUACGGGAAGUGCUCGAAGAGAUAUAUCACGGCGGACUGACCCAUAUAAACCUGAAGCUAAUACUGCUAAAGCUGGCGAUGCCUGUUAUCGUGACAUUAGGUCUCAUACUGGCGCUGCCCUACAUCACAGUGAAUAGUUUUCUGCCACUGUUUGGGAUGUCGUUACAGAUGCAAAACCUUCUGAACCGACGUAUACAUCCAUUGCUACUAUUAGGCACUGGUAUGAUAUAUGUAAUCCAUUGGCAAAUCCAUAAGUUCUAUCGAUUGUAUGAACACAUCAAGAAUGAUAAGUAUUUAGUCGGCCGUCGAUUAGUGAAUUACGAGCAUAACAUUAAGCGACUAAAUACUCUAAACGACUAAAUCGUUUUGAUUUAAUUUAUUGUAGAUUUUUAUUUCAG